GUUAUUUAUCAUUUGCUUACCAGUCUUUGGUCGUAUUCCUUAUUCCUGUCGCCGGCUUUGUGUUUUAAAUGCAUCCCUUUUCCACAAUCUCCUCACAUCAACAAACUCCAAGACAGCCUGCGGAUCAAAUUAAUUUGUGUAACUAUCAUGGGCAGUGAAGAAAAAUAGGCUAGUUAUCUGCUGUGUGGAGGACAGAAGGUUUGCAAUACCCCGGAGCGUCCCUCCUCUCUUCCCACUCAGGCAGUCCAGCAAGUUUCCAGCAGCAUGGCUGAAGAAGACUAUGGCAGCUUUGUGGACUGGAACCAGAUGGGGGAUCUGGCCAAGAGCAGUGGGCCCACCAAGGUAGACUGUAAAGACCUGAAAGAGUUCAAACAGAUGGCUCGGCAGGGUUACUGGGCCAAAAACCACAAACUACGGGCCCAAGUCUACCAGCAGCUCAUCAAAAACAUUCCCUGUCGUACAGUGACCCCAGAUGCAGAAGUAUAUCGCGACCUUAUGGGAAAUGCAGCCACUAAGAAGCCCUCUUCCCACAUUCCGCUUCCAGAGUUUGUGGAUGGAAGUCCUCUGCCACAGUACUGCCUGAAGGCAGAAGCAGUAGCCUCAGCCCAUCAGAUUAUAAACUGCAUAGCUGGACAGUUUCCAGAUAUAUCCCACUGCCCAUCACUACCAGCUGUUACUUCAUUGCUCCUGCACUUCAGCAUAGACGAGGCUCAGUGUUUUGAGCAUGUCAGCCGCAUACUGGCCUGCAACGAGCCAGGCAAACGACUGCUGGACCAGACUUUCCUGGCCCAUGAGUCUAGCUGCAUGACCUUUGGUGAUCUGGCCAACAAGUACUGCGAAGCCGCCCACAAACUGAUCGUGGCCACAGCCCAAGAUGUGCUUGAAGUCUACUCAGACUGGCAGCGCUGGGUCUUGGGUGACCUGCCUUUCAGCCACGUGGUUAGGGUCCUAGACAUCUACCUAGUGGAGGGCUACAAGGUUCUCUUCCGUGUGGCUAUAGCCUUGCUCAAGUUCUAUCGCAAGCAUAAAGCAGGGGCCCAGGGAGGCCCGGGCAACCAGCAACAGGAUUCUGGCAAAGUUAGGGCGGACAUUCAAGCUUUCAUCACGGGCAUCGCCUCCACUGUCACACCCGACAAGUUAUUAGAGAAGGCCUUCUCCAUCCGUAUGUUUAGCCGUAAGGAGAUUACCCUGCUGCAGCUCACAAAUGAGAAGUCCCUGCAGCAGAAAGGAAUCACUGUCAAACAGAAGCGUCCUAGGCGGAACGUGCAGCUGGCACUCAACCCGGACACCUUCUCCUCAGAGAUUGUCAGUGCCAAGGAGAUGCGGGACAUCUGGUCUUGGAUCCCUGAGCGCUUUGCCCUGUGCCAACCACAACUCCUCUUCACAACCUCCACCCAUGGUUGCAGCCUUAACAGAUUCUACUCACAUUGUGAAGGCUACGAACCCACUCUGCUCCUCAUUCGGACCACAGAUGGAGAUGUAUGUGGAGCCUUCCUGUCCACAGAUUGGGAGGAGCGGAAGAGAGGAGGCAACAAAUUGAGUUUCUUUGGCACAGGGGAGUGCUUUGUCUUCAGACUGAAGCCAGAGAUGGAGCGCUAUGAGUGGGUGGUGAUCAGCCACCCUGAGUUAGCCUCCUCCAUCAAGACUGAGGGCCAGGAAGACACGGCCUCCUCUGAGGGGCAAAACUCAGACAACAAUGGUUUACAGCAGCCAGAGAGACCUGCUGGAGACCUGUCGCCCUUCCUCUCUGCACGUCACUUCAACCUUAACUCCAAGAAUACUUCCAUGUUCAUGGCUGGCAACUUUGACUCCAUCAUAGUGGGGGGAGGUGAAGGCAACGCUCUCUACAUCGACUCUGAGCUCAACCACGGGCGCGCUGGCAGCUGCGCCACCUUCGACAACCCGCCCCUGUGUGCUGAGAGCUUCCAGGUCUCACUGCUAGAAGUGUGGGGCUUCCAGGACGCCAUGGCCGCAUAAUGCUGUACACAUAACCACAAAGUACACGUGCAUACACAUGCAUAAAUGGAGAUCCAUACAGGCAUGGGCACAUAAUAUGCAUAUUGACAUAUAAAACAUGUUAUAGCAGAAAAUCUUGAUGUAAAAUGUCCAGCAAAGUGUUAGAGGUGGAAAACACAGGUAUGCAAACAAAAUUACAUCCGUCCUGCAAAUUCAUAUAUGAUUAAUUAUUUUUUUUAUUUAUUAAUCCAAAUUGUGAACCAAAAUUGUGAUAUUUUUGUGUUUUGAUUUCUGUGUUUGUUUAUUUUUGUAUAACAGAUUUGUAGUAUGGUGUGCUAAUUAUGUUGACGUGUCUGGUAAUAUGAAGGAAGUCAGGAUCAACUCUAGAUAAAGCCGAUAAAAGGUUAAUUUAGAGGAUUUUCUCAUGUCGGCUAUAGUGUGUUCAUGCUGAGCUGAAUCAUUUGAAUUUCUGAAUGUCAAUUCAGUCUUUUAUGUUCUGUGGUUUAGCUCAAUCCGCCAAAUUUACUCUAUAGCUAUCUCUGCAGUCUUAAAUGUUAUUUACCAGGCCAUAAGGUUUUUAAGAUACAAUUUGUGAAGUCAAGAGUUGAUUUGGUGAGCUGUGUUUUUAAAUGUUGGAAAACUAUAUAAAGAUGUGGUGAAGUUCCAGGUCAGCUAUUUUUCCUGACGCAUUUUCCCCACUUUGAUUUGCUGUACAUAUUUGGGAGAUUGCUAGUGAAAUAAUGUGGUAAAUGUUUGUGAAUAUCAGUGGUGAAUUUAAGUGUUGCUAUUUUGCACCAUAUAUCAAAGCUUUCUUUUGAAUGAGUGGCAGUUUCUCCUUUUGUGUAGUAUAUGAAUAUCCAUGUGAAUAACAGUACAAUUUUUGUUUUUUUAAAGAAAAGAAAAAAACUCAAGGUGUUUUUGGUUUACAAGUAAUGGCGAUAAAUGCAGUAUGCUCAUCCUUCGCUUCUUCUUACCCAUUUCCUGCUACUUCCGUCCUUUCCAGUGUAAAGAUAGUAACAAAAAAAAGUCCAAAAUGUUGCCCUGUUGGCAAAGUGUUGUUGUGGUUAUACACCCUGUUUGUACCUGUAUGUUCAAACAUGUGCUCCAAUGAAAUAUCAAUUGUCAAAAUGUAUUCUACAUGUGAAAAUACAGCAAUAUGCUUUGAUCAGA